AUGACAUCGCCCUGCCCUUUUUCCCAAUGGGGAAUUGAUAUCGUCGGUCAUUUCCCAAGGGCUUCCGGCCGACGCAAGUUUCUAAUCGUGGCAGUUGAUUAUUUUUCUAAAUGGGCCGAGGCUGAGUCGGUCAUCUCAAUCACCGAGGCUAGUGUUUUGAAAUUUCUAUGGGAAAAUAUAUGUUGCCGGUAUGGAAUUCCUCGUAUACUCAUCUCGGACAAUGGAACGCAAUUUAACGGCUCUAAGGUACCAGCGUGGUGUGCCGAGAUGGGAGUCCAACAACGUUUUUGUUCGGUAGCACACCCACAAGCUAAUGGACAAGUGGAGGUAACUAAUCGGAUAAUAGUAUCGGGCAUAAAGAAGAGAUUGGAAGAGGCCAAGGGGUCCUGGACGGAGGAGCUUGCAUCGGUAUUAUGGGCAUACCGAACUACCUUUAAGUCAGCUACGGGGGAAUCUCCGUUCUCACUCGUGUACGGAAUGGAGGCAGUGUUGCCUAUCGAGGUACGGAUACCUAGUCGAAGGACCCAAUCCUUCAACCCGGAGCAGAAUGGGCCCUUAAUCCGGGAAAGUUUGGAUAUGAUCAUGGAAAAGAGAGAGGUAGCAGCAAGGCGCAUGGAGAGAGUUAAAGCGGCGAUAAAGGCGACAUAUGAUAAAAGAGUCCGAGGACGUAGGUUCGACGUAGGCAACAUGGUAUUGCGACGAGCUGAUGCUCUGAAGAUGUGA